GCCGUUUGGGAGUUAGGAGCGAUGCCGUACUUUCCGUCGCAGGCGGGGGAGGGUGCUACCAUCCCCCGGCGUUUCAGGUCCCUGUGACUUACCUCGCAGGCGGGGGAGGGUGCUACCAUCCCCCGGAGUUUCAGGUCUCUGCGGGGGAGGGUGCUACCAUCCCCCGGCGUUUCAGGUCUCUGUGACUUACCGCGGCCUGGAUGGGCGUGGCCGUUUCUGGCUUCCUCCCCUCUGCGUCAUAGCGUCAUCGCUUCUCGGCCUUUUGGCUAAGAUCAAGUGCAGUAUCUGUUCUUAUCAGACGCGUUUUAUUUUCCUUGUGUUUUACUCGAAAUAAGAACAAUGAACCGGAAAGAGGAUUAUGAUUCAUAUGAGAUUGAAGAGCCAAGUGAUGAAGAAGGAGCCGGAAGCAGUUCUGAGGAUGAGCUGGAUGUUCCUCACAACGGGCCCCCGGAGCAGAAGAAGGAGCUGAUCAGAGAGUAUCUGACGGGGGAGAGCGAGUCCUCCAGUGGAGAUGAGUUUGAGAAGGAGAUGGAGGCAGAGCUCAGCAGCACCAUGAAGAGCCUGGAGUGCAGCUGGACGGCAUCUUCAGCUCAAGGUCAAACGUCUGGGACCAGUGACAGCACUGCCACUGCAAACAAGCAACAGACUGGGGAGUAUGACAGCAUUUACUUUGACUCCGACUCGGAUGAAGAUGGCACAGCUGGCAGCUCUCAGGGUCUGAGGAGGAAGCAGCGCUUUGUUCUCACAAAUGAUGAGCUGUUAUACGACCCAGACGAAGAUGAUCGCGACCAGGCGUGGGUGGAUGCAAAAAGAAAAGAAUACAGAAAGCAGAGGCAGCUGCCACCAUCAGCAAACAGAAGAAACAAACCACACGCUGUUCCAAGCAGUGACGCUGUCCUCAACUGUCCUGCCUGUAUGACCACUCUGUGCCUGGACUGUCAGAGGCAUGAGAAAUAUCAGACGCAGUACAGAGCCAUGUUCGUGAUGAACUGCACGGUCGACAAAGAGGAGGUGCUGCGCUAUAAAACCGCCAAUAAGAGAAAGCAGAACCGGCACAGGAAGAAAGCCCGUCAGGAGUACACGUCCUCAUCCACAGAGACUGAAAUGGAGUCAAGUGCAAGUCUGACUGAUGCACGCUUGGCAGGAAUGGACGAAGAA